AUGUCACUCAAUAGGGGUACAUUUCCACCCCAUCAACAACCUUCGGGGGUUCUUGCCAUCCGGCCUUCGUCAGAAGAUCAUGAGAUUGUUUCAAUAGAAGUCGGUGAUCAGUUUCCUGACAGUGAACAUUUUAAGGAUGCACUUAGAAAUUUUGCUAUCAAACAUAAUUUUAACUUUACAUUCAUCAAGAAUGACAAGAAGAGAGUAACUGUCAAGUGCGCAGCUGAAAGUUGUGAAUGGUGUGUCCAUGCGUCCAUGGAAGCUUGGCUAGGGAAAGAGGUCGCCAAGGAUGUUCUCCAUGGGAGUGAGGUGGCGAGCUAUGAUUUAUUGAUGUGGUACGCGAAGAAGGUAUUAGUAACAAACCCUGGUAGCGUUGCUAUAGUAGAGAAUGAUGGUUCCCGUUUCAAACGUGUAUUUUUUGCCUUCAAAGCAUGUGUCAUUGGUUUCAAGACCGGAUGUAGGCCAUUGCUGUACCAGGAUGGAACUCACUUGCUCGGUAAGUACGGGGGCACUUUGUUAGGUGCAACGGGAAAAGAUGGGAACGAUGGUUUCUUUCAUGUGGCAUUUGCAAUCAUAAAUAAUGAAACGGAUGUGAAUGGGACGUGGUCCAAGGGCCUUAUCAAUGUUGUCGCGAAGGUAUUCCCUUCCUCACCGCAUGCAUAUUGUUUGCGCCACUUGGAAGCAAACUUCAUGAAAGCAAAUGUCAGACUUGGCAAGUCAUUGAAAGAACGGUGCUGGUCUAUAUUAUCGAGAAUUGCGUUUUCAUGUGCUGAAAAAGAAUUCGAUGACGCUGUUGUCGAUCUGUUAAACACAUCGGCGGAUGCACAUCAAUGGUUGAUGCAGAAAUCCGAUCUGACACACUGGGCAAACUACAUGUUCAAAGGUGAUAGAUGGGGGGAGAUGUACUCAAAUGUGGUGGAGUCAUUUAAUGCAUGGAUAAAAGAGGCACGCCAUCUCCCAGUCACAAACAUGGUAGACUCAAUAAGGUUUAAGCUGAUGGGCAUGUUGUGUCAUUGA